AUGGCGCUGAGUGACAAGAAGUACCCCGGGCUGUACAGUGAGUUGGAGGGCUGGCAUGGAGUUGACUUCCACGAGAGCAUCAUCAGCUGGCACAUCGCCACCGACUUGAUCCUCGCCGCAAGGCAGCCAAGCGGCCAUGAUGCGGCUGACGGCCGUGUGGAGGCAGUCAGGGCACUGUCCAACUAUAUGAUGUUCCUCCUGGUGGAUCGCCCCGACAUGCUACCAGGCCUUCCUCAAAACUGGCUGUACAAGAAAACCUGCAACAAUCUGGACGACUUGUGUGAAGAACGCCUAGUUGGUUCUCGAGGCAACAUCUUCACCGCGCUCAAGAGAUUGUUCGGACCACGCCAUCGCCGCCGCUGCUUAAAUCCUUCUAAGCUCGAGAAGGAGCUUGCCGGGAGCAUACUGGAGCUGCCACACGAGGAGAAUUUCAACUACUACGAAACUCCUCGGCUCAUGUACGCACGCAAGAUUGCUCGGAUACUGCGUCGUAGGGACGAAGAGGAGGUGGAUGUGCUGCUAGACGUGUGGACCGACUUCAUGGCCUAUGCAGCCAACCGGUGCAGCAGGGAGGCGCACGCCAGGAACCUAAACAGCGGAGGUGUUUCCUCUUUACUGUACUGGCACUCAGCUGCCAGGUUUCAGUGUGCAUCCCCUGUGACGCGAUUUCAGGUUUCUGUUGCAGCGAUGAUCUCUGACCAAAAUUAUGAUGUUCAAAAACAGAUUUAG